CCUCUUAGCUGGUCUCCUUCCUGCAUUUUAGAGCGAGAAGUAGGGGGAGAGAGAUCUAGAGAGAGAGAUGGCCGGAAAUGCUGGAGACCGGCCGCUUACCGAGACACCGACGUGGGCGGUGGCGCUGGUGUGCUUAGUGAUGGUGGUCAUAUCUAUGCUCAUGGAGCACGGCAUUCAUAGUCUCGGACACUGGUUUCACAAACGGCAUAAGAAGGCUAUGAAUGAAGCCUUGGAGAAGAUCAAAGCAGAGUUGAUGCUUUUGGGUUUCAUAUCCCUGCUGCUUACUGUUGGACAAGAUCAAAUUUCCAAAAUAUGCAUCCCUGCUAAAGCAGGGAAAAUUAUGCUCCCAUGCGAGGGUAAACAUGAUAACGAUAAUGAUAAUGAUGAUGAUGACCAUGACAACAGGAGAAAAUUACUCUCGCUCAAUGAUGAUGGACACUGGCGCCGUGUUCUAGCAGGGACAGUGAUUGAUCAUUGCUCCAAGUAUAAAGAUAAAGUACAACUGAUCUCACAAACUGGAAUACAUCAGUUGCAUAUAUUUAUCUUUGUACUUGCUGUAUUCCAUGUUCUGUAUAGCGUUCUCACAAUGGCUUUAGGAAAAGCAAAAAUGAGGAGAUGGAAAGCUUGGGAAGCAGAGACUGCCUCACUAGAAUAUCAAGUUUCUAAUGACCCCUCUAGGUUCAGGUUUACUCAUCAAACUUCUUUUGUGAGGCGCCACGUGGGCAUGUCUAGCACUCCGGGUGUAAGAUGGAUAGUAGCAUUUUUCAGACAAUUCUUUGCUUCAGUGACAAAGGUGGACUACUUGACAAUGCGCCAUGGCUUUAUUAAUGCUCAUUUAUCUCCAAACAGCAAAUUUGAUUUUCAUAAAUAUAUAAAGAGGUCUCUAGAAGAUGACUUCAAGGUCGUUGUUGGCAUCAGGUCGUAUAUCUCUCACUUUAAUGAUACUAUACAGAUUUCUAUUACCAUAUUUCUGAUUUUACUAAUUACUUUCAACAGCUUCCCAUUAUGGCUUAUGGCAAUCAUCAUAAUGUUACUUGAUGUAUAUAAAUGGUACACGCUCGUAUGGAUAUCUUUUGUGCCGCUUAUAGUUCUGCUGCUGGUUGGUAUGAAACUAGAAAUUAUCAUCAUGGAGAUGGCUCAUCAAAUUCAAAAUAAAACAACUGUGGUCAAGGGAGCCCCAAUCGUUGAACCAAGUAACUCGUAUUUUUGGUUCAAUAAGCCCAGGUGGAUUCUUUUCCUCAUACAAGUGACCUUAUUUCAGAAUGCAUUCCAGGUGGCACACUUUUUGUGGAUAUGGUAUUCAUUUAGCUUGAGAUCUUGUUUUCAUGAUAACCUUCCACUUAGUAUUGUGAAGGUUGCAAUGGGCAUUGGUCUUCAAAUAAUGUGUAGCUAUAUCACAUUCCCACUUUAUGCUUUGGUGACACAAAUGGGUUCACACAUGAAGAAGACAAUUUUCGAAGAACAAACUGCAAAAGCUCUACUCAAGUGGCGAGAAGCAGCAAGAGAAAGGAAAAAGCAUAAAGGAGGCAGGUCAGAUGUUCCGUCAGGAUACACGAGCGGUGAAAAUACACCUAGCAGAGAGUCAUCGCCAGUACAUUUACUUCACAAGUACAUGUACAAGUCAAGUGCAGCAGAUGUAGAAAGCAUAUCAAAUUCACCAAGAUUUUACCACUCAGACAAUGAUGCCUCUGAGAUGGAGGCUCCAACAUUUAAAUGGCGUGGUGAAUAUGAACCUAGGAGAUCGGAUCCUAAACCUGAAGAUGCAAAUAUUGUAAUCCGGGAUUUCACUUUUGGUUCACCUUAACAAUGAACUGUUGAGCAAUUUUCCAGAUGGGCUGUACUAAUGAAAGCAAUGAGAUAUCUUAUGUGAAUAUGUAACAUGGAAGAAUACUACCCCUAUAAAUUCUUUAUAGAUUACAGGAAGAUAAGUAUUUGUGUCCAUAAAUCUGAAUUAAAAUCGGACAUUCAUAUUUCUAUUAAGGAAAAGCUGCUGACUCCUAUUUUUCUAUGACUUCUUGAAAAUUAACCUCCUGAAUAGUAAGAGAUCAUAAUGUCAUAAUGAAACAGUUUUUACCAUAUAUACUUACAUAAUUAACAGGGAAAGGAACUUG